CACAUGCUCAGAGAAGGAAGGGCUAUAGCGUCUUAGCCACACAUGAAGCUGCUCUGUCUAUUUUAAACCACACUGGAUUGGACUCAGGAUAUCUUUAUAUCUCUUGCUUUGUUUGACAGAUUGUAUCUACAGAACAGGCUCAGAGGACAGUUAGUCUUUUGUCUUGGUGUUUAAGAAACCUUUUUAGUGUGGCUCUUCCUCCGUCCGUAGGUGAGCGAGUGUAUGAGACAUAGAAACUGUGUCUUAGUUGGAAACUGCAUGUGUGAGAAGGAACAAGAACCAGAAUGAUUGCAGCCCAGCUACUAGCCUACUUCUUCACUGAGCUCAAGGAUGACCAAGUUAAAAGGAUUGAUAAGUACCUGUACUCCAUGCGUUUCUCUGAUGAGACGUUGUUGGACAUCAUGCAGCGGUUUAGAAGGGAGCUGACCAAAGGACUUGGCCGGGACACUAAUGCCACUGCUGCCCUGAAGAUGCUGCCAUCGUUUGUGCGGUCAAUCCCUGAUGGAUCAGAGAAGGGAGACUUCAUUGCUUUGGAUUUGGGGGGCAGUAACUUCAGGAUCCUUCGUGUCAGAGUGAGCCACGAGAAGAAACAGACUGUGCAGAUGGAGAGUCAAAUCUAUGACACACCAGAGGACAUCAUUCAUGGCACUGGAACAAGACUGUUCGACCAUGUUGCUGAGUGUCUCGGUGACUUCAUGGAAAAGCACAACAUCAAAGACAAGAAACUCCCAGUCGGUUUCACUUUCUCCUUCCCCUGCCAGCAGAGCAAACUAGAUGAGAGCUACCUGAUAACAUGGACAAAGCGUUUCAAAGCCAGCGGGGUAGAGGGGAUGGACGUUGUAAAUCUGCUUAACAAAGCAAUUAAGAAACGAGGGGACUACAAUGCUGACAUCAUGGCUGUAGUGAAUGAUACCGUGGGAACGAUGAUGACAUGUGGCUUCGAUGACCAGCGUUGUGAAGUUGGCAUCAUCAUAGGUACAGGCACCAAUGCAUGUUAUAUGGAGGAGCUGCGGCACAUUGACCUGGUGGAGGGAGACGAGGGCCGGAUGUGUGUGACCACCGAAUGGGGGGCUUUUGGAGACGACGGCAGGCUGGAAGACAUCAGGACAGAGUUUGACAGAGAGAUAGACCGAGGCUCCCUCAACCCAGGCAAACAGCUAUUUGAGAAAAUGGUCAGUGGUAUGUACAUGGGGGAGCUGGUCCGACUCAUCCUGGUGAAGAUGGCCAGAGAAGGCCUGCUGUUUGAGGGAAGGAUCACCCCGGAGCUGCUCACCAAGGGGAAGUUUGAGACCAAGCAUAUCUCAGCCAUAGAGAAGAGUAAGGAAGGGUUGGCCAAAGCAAGAGAAAUUUUACAGAGACUUGGUGUGGAGCCUUCAGCAGAUGAUUGCAUCGCUGUGCAGCAUGUUUGUGCCAUUGUGUCUUUCCGCUCUGCCAACCUGAUAGCUGCUGCACUUGCUGGCAUCCUGAUAAGGUUGAAGGAGAACAGAGGAGUAGGACGACUCAGGACCACCGUGGGCAUCGACGGCUCUCUGUACAAGAUGCACCCACAGUAUGCCCGUCGUCUUCAUAGAACAGUCAGACGUUUGGUCCCUGACUGUGAUGUUCGAUUCCUGCUUUCAGAAAGCGGCAGUGGGAAGGGUGCUGCCAUGGUUACAGCGGUGGCCUACAGACUCGCUGAACAAUCCAAACAAAUUGCACAAAUACUUUCCGAAUUUCGCCUGACAAAUGAACAGCUGCUUGAGGCAAAGGAGAGAAUGAGGACAGAGAUCCAAAAUGGCCUUUCAAAGAGCACUCAGGACUUAGCUACUGUCAAAAUGCUGCCAACAUUUGUACAAGCCACACCUGAUGGCUCAGAGCACGGUGACUUCCUGGCUUUGGACUUGGGGGGAACCAACUUUAGAGUUCUCUUGGUCAAGAUUCGCUCUGGGAAGAGGAGAUCAGUGGAGAUGCACAACAAGAUCUACGCUAUUCCUCUUGAAGUGAUGCAGGGUACAGGAGAGGAGCUGUUUGAUCACAUUGUGCACUGUAUCAGUGACUUUCUGGACUACAUGGGGAUGAAGAACGCUCGUCUUCCAUUGGGCUUCACCUUCUCGUUCCCCUGUCAACAGACUAGUCUGGAUGCUGGCAUCUUGGUAACAUGGACCAAGGGCUUCAAGGCCACAGACUGUGAAGGAGAGGAUGUGGUGGGACUGUUGAGGGACGCUAUUAAGAGAAGAGAGGAGUUUGACCUGGAUGUAGUGGCCGUCGUCAACGACACUGUGGGAACCAUGAUGACCUGUGCCUACGAAGAACCCACCUGUGAAGUUGGACUCAUUGCUGGUACCGGCAGCAACGCCUGCUACAUGGAGGAGAUGAAGAACAUUGAGCUGAUCGAUGGCGACGAGGGGCGGAUGUGUGUCAACAUGGAGUGGGGGGCUUUUGGAGACAACGGUUGCCUUGACGACAUUAGGACAGAGUACGACCGUACUGUGGACGAAUUAUCUCUCAAUCCAGGCAAACAAAGAUAUGAGAAAAUGUGCAGUGGCAUGUACCUUGGUGAGAUUGUGCGGAACAUCCUCAUAGACAUGACGAAGAAAGGAUACCUGUUCAGAGGACAGAUUUCUGAAACCUUGAAGACCAGAGGCAUCUUCGAAACAAAGUUCCUCUCACAGAUAGAGAGUGACAGAUUGGCUUUGCUGCAAGUGAGGUCCAUCCUGCAACACUUGGGGCUGGACAGCACCUGUGAUGACAGUAUCAUUGUCAAAGAGGUGUGUGGAACCGUGUCCCGCCGUGCAGCUCAGCUGUGUGGUGCAGGAAUGGCAGCUGUGGUCGAUAAGAUAAGAGAGAACCGUGGACUGGACCAUCUUAACAUCACCGUAGGGGUUGACGGGACACUUUACAAGUUACAUCCACAUUUCUCUCUGAUCAUGCACCAGACUGUUAAAGAACUGGCUCCUCAAUGUUCUGUCAACUUCCUGCUGUCGGAGGACGGCAGCGGGAAAGGAGCUGCACUCAUCACAGCAGUGGGCUGCCGGCUAAGGCAGGAGCUGAACAGUAAUUAGAAAACCUCCGUCUGACAGUUAUCUCCCCACUUCUCCAACUCCCCGUCCUCCUGUUCUCUGCUACUGUCUCCUUUUCUUCCGAAACAAACCAGCUCACUCAACACAUCACACUCGGGUAGCUACUUUCUCUGUGGCUCCAAGUAAAGGAGUCAACUUUCCUUGUUGUGUUAGUAAUAAGAUUAUUUUUUAACUGUAAAGCACCAAGUCUGUUUGGUGUUUUAAAUUUUUAUGAUCUUAGUGGACAAACUUUUCACUGGGAGGAACCAUCAAUCCAUCCGUCCAUCCAUCCAUCCAUGUUCUAAACCCGUUUGAUCCUGUACAGGCUCACGGGGGUCUGCUGGAGCCUUUCCCGCUAGGAAGAACCAGCUCCGGUUUUGGAAAAAAAAAAAGAA